ACCCGGUUAUAUCCUGGACUCCGACCCGGAAUAGCUUCGUUGUCUGGGACCCGCACAAGCUCUCCACCGAUGUUCUCCCCAAGUACUUCAAGCACAACAAUUUCUCUAGCUUCAUUCGCCAGCUUAACACAUAUGAAAAUUGAUUCAGAUAGAUGGGAAUUUGCGAACGAAGGGUUCCAGAAAGGGAAGAAGCAUUUGCUGAUGAGCAUCAAGAGGAGAAAACACCAUCCUCCACACAUGAUGCUCCAGCACCACCAGCUUCACCAUCACCAGACUCCGGGGGGAGCGGCACACAAGUGGUUUGGUUCCUGCGAUGAGGCCGAAGCAGAGAUAUGCAAGCUGAGGAACGACCAGAAUGCGAUGAAGAUGGAGAUCAUGAGGCUGAAGCAACAGCAGGAAAGCACCGACAGCCAUCUUGCCAUGGUCAAGGAGCGGCUGGAGACCACUGAAACCAGACACAAGUACAUCGUCUUCUUCGUCGUCAAAGCCUUCAACAACCCUUCCUUCGUUCAUCACUUUGCUGAGAAAAUGAGGCAGCGCAGUGGCGGCGGCGGCGGCGGGGUGAGGGCCGCCACGAAGAAGAGAAGAUUGGUUGAUGAUGCUGCAAUGAGCACUACUGAUCGCCCGCCCGGCGGGCCCCAAGAAGAGUUAGUGAUGCUUCAGUCUGAAAUACAAACGCUCUUCUCCUCUGAUGAUUCGAGCAGCCCUGUCAAGGAACAACAACAGCAAGGAGAGAAGAUCAAGAACAACAACAGCAAUAAUCCUGCUGGGGGGAUGGGGAGUCCAGAGAUGAACUCUGAGAAUUUCAUACUGUGGGAGAAGCUUGUAGAGGACGACAUGAUUUACGAGAACGAAACUGAAACUGCCAAACAGCACGGCGAGAUCGUCCACGAGCUGGAGAAUCUGAUCGCCCGGCCUUCCCCGGAAUGGGUACCAACUUAAAAAAAGACUCUUCUCCCUCCUCCAUCACCACUGAACUGCAUGAACUGCAUGCGCCUGUUCAUCGUUGCAUAAUUACCAGGAGCUCAGAGUCGUUUUGAUGAACCAGUUCAUGGAGAGGAGGAAUUAAAAAUGGCUGCUGGAUCGAUGUAUAGUGUAUAUAUGUAUAUAUGCGUUUUAUGUUUAUGGUAUGUUCUCUAGCUAGCUAGUUUGCACCCGCCAUGUAUAUGUUUAG